UAUGUACACAUGCCACUUAUUAAACAUAAACAAUGAUUGCGUCUCUAAUUGUUUUCAUAUUAUAUCAUAUACGUUGUAAGAUCUUAUUUUAAAUCUAUACGUUUAUGGACAUGUCUUAUUUCUCGAUUACCGACAUUAAAGCUUUGACGUUUCGGACUUAUUAAGAAGUUUUUUUAUUUUUUUAACUUUUGUUCUUAAUACCGAUUCCUGUUUGUAAUAUGUUUUAACAAAUCCGAGAUUUUACCAGUGGUAUAUUUUUCUAAAUUAAUUGUUCGGUUUAUAAGUUUUUAUCACUUUAUUUACACAUAACUUUUACUAUCCGGCUUGCCAACUGGACUUUUGAUGGACAAUAUUUCUUCUUUGGAUCAUAACCGAUAGACUAUUUUGAUCGAGACAGUUUUUAGUUAAUCAUACUUUAUGUCUGAAUUUUUUGGAUGCGGUGUGACAAUUUCGUUAAUUACUUUACUUUUUUUUUUCGUGGAAGGGAAAUUUUAUAGAUGCUUGUUAGCUUUGAAUUGUUUGUCAAUUUAAUUUGUGAAAUUAUUAUUCUGACUAUAUGUAAGAAUUAAGUUUCAAGAUCGUCGAGUGUGUAACGCGCAGUUUAUAUGAGCUGAAGAUUGUAAAAGUACACACAGAAAUUAUUAGACAUCAAGAAUUUAUACUUUUAUCGAAAAAUCGCAUUUCUCUUAUUUCUUGUAAAAUAAUAAAUUAAACGAUUUAACCAUAGAAAUGAUUGGACGAGAUUGUUUUUCAACCACAUAUUCUGCGGUUAAAUUCUGUGGUUCUUGAAAUAAUAACUUUCGAUACAUAUAGAUAUAUAAAAUAUAAAAAUAACAAAAUGUUAUUUAAUUCAUAGUAUUGAUUUAACUUUGAUUCUUUAUCAUACACAAUGUGUCUGACUGUUAAAAGAUUAAUAGCUUCUUAAAAAUCGUCAUUUAUCUUCUUCGAUUGUCAUUUUUCUUUGACAAGUACAUUACGAGCAAAAUCUUGAGGGGCCAUGAUCGCCUGCGCGAUUAAGGAAGAGCUCUCGCACGUGUUCCCACGACGCAAUCGGCAUCUCUGAAUCCGAGGAGUCCUAAUUACCCGACCUCGCUAAUUAAACGCGGGUACUCGCGGCAGAUCGCACGGCCGCUUGCUCCAGUUAAGCGUAAGGUGCAAUUGUGAGGCGCCUCGCGUGGACGGACAAUGGCGGUCUGGUUACAUAAAAGCGACUGUACACAACGGCGCGAACCGCAAAAUAUAAUAAACUUUCGCGAUCCGUAUGCGCCACGCCGGACGACGGUGUAUCGCGAGGCGCGCGGGAUCGCUUUCCAGCGCCUUCCCACGAGUUCGCUCAUCCGCGAUGCCGCCUCGCGACCGUUGCGUCACGCGUCUACUCGCGUCUACUGUUUGCGACUCUCAACUACGGCAAACGCAAUUGUGAUAAUAUACACAUGUUCUACUUUAAUUAUCGCACUAACAGAAGAGUAUCUGGUACUUGUGACUGUAAUUGUAUAUUAAAAUAAUUAGGAUUAAAUCUCCAUUUUUAUGAUUUUAUAAUUCCAUUCUCAGAGAGAAAUGUGUUAAUGCUGUAAUAUCGGCACUGAAAUUGACUGUAAGAAUUUUCUGUCAACUUUAUUUAAUCCUUUCGUGCCUAGUGAGACAUAUAUGUUCUAAUCCUUCAAAAAUUUAUAUUUUUAAAAACGAAAUAAGAAUAUAGCGAUUUCUUUCUGAGCACAUUUUAAAGGUAAAGGACGAAAUGUUAGAUCAAGAGAUAAAAUUUACAGGAAUGUUACUUUUUUUCGCAGAAAACUAACAUUCUUGUGAGUUUUUAUCCCUUGAUCUAAAUCUCUCGUCAAAUAUUUAUAAAAUUGAGUAAAAAUAUGUACAUAUAACUUCUGCAAAAAAUAAGAUACCAAUUUUUAAAAAUUUAUUCUAAAGUUCAAUGUAUUAAGAACUAUAUAAAAAAAAAUCGCUUUUAAAAUUAAAAAUAGUGUAUUUAAUAUGGACAAAUGUUGAAUUUGAAAUGAGUGAAGCUUGUUUUUCACGGAUUUUUCACAGAUUACAAUUCUAAAGUCAAAAUUUUUUAAUUUUAGAUGUAACGUACUUGACAAAUAAAAAUAAAAAAGGUAUACAUUAAUUCUAUUUAUCUAUUACAAAACAACAAUGCCAAAAACUUUUGCGUCUCAUUCAAAUCCAAGAAAAUUUUAUACAUAUUAUUUUAGUUCACGCUAUUAAAAAACCGCCAUCUUGUAUUUUGAACUACAAAUUCAUCAUUAGCCCUAAGCUUUAUAAGAUAUAAUUUAGAUGUUAUUUAUUAAAAAAGAAUCAAGUCAAAAAGGUAAAAUAUGAUAAUUGCAAACAUUUUUGUCAACGUAACACAUUGCAUAUUAUUUUUAUUAUUAUAGUAAUAACAACUGUGAAAACAAAGUUUCCAACUAUAUUAUUUUAACAUUCAAUUAUAGUCACAAAUAUUAAAUAUUUUUCUAUCUAUUUCUUUCUUCCUUUUUGGUCAGAUUUCGAAUCUGACCAAAGGAUUGCUAUUUUCACUGUAAUCUUUUAUUUAACCCUUAGCUCCAUUCGUUAAAUCCAGUUAUCUCAAUUACAUUCGUGCGGUUAUUUUUGACCCCAAAAUUUAAAGUAGAUUUUUUUUUUAUAUUAUUAUGUAACUUACAGAGGAAAUGAUAUAAUAAUUUAAGAUAUAAAUAAUUAAACUGUUAGACGUGUAAACAAAUAGUAUUUAUUAAAAUUUUUAUUUUAAAAUAACUUUAUUAAAGAAUAACAAUAAUUUCUACUCUUCCCACUAAAUAAUUUGCAUGGGGUCAAAAAUGAUCACACAGACAUGCUUAAGGGUAAAUACAUCCUAGGCACAUUUGCGAAACGUGACGAAUGCGGAAAAGCAGCGCGAUGCUCGGAUGACCCCACGCUGUGUGGGGUUGGCGCGACAAAAAAUAAAGUCUGGUAGUCCGGGGUUAAUAGACACAGGUGCGCGGUGCAGCGUAACGUCAUCAAUAAUAAUCCUAGCGGCCGGCGACGGUUAUCGCGGCGGCACUCGGUUACGCAGGGUGAAACAUGCAGUCGCGCUCUGUGCCACAAUUCAGCUACAGAAACCGUAAGGAAUUUUAUGGGAACGGGUGUGUAUUUGACGGCGUGCAGAAACGACGGUGUACCUUCCGCGUUCUUUCGCGAUUAUGACGAACGUCUGACGGAGGCAAAAAAAAAAGAAGAAGAAGAAGAAAAGAGAAACGUCGUUGAUUCCUCGCGAACGAUCAUGCUUCACUGACGCGACUCACUACUUAUUGUUAGAUUUUAUAAUACAAUCGGCAAUCCUACACCGUGACGAAACGUACGCUGCAUCGCUAAAUGCGCCGGUGACGAAAGGCGCCUAGUCAUCGAUGAGAAAUUCCUAAGAAAAAUCGAGAGGUUUCAAAAAAAAAUAAAAAAUCAGCGCCUACCUCCGUUACAUCGUCCGACGAUAUGAUCGUUUAAUUAUAGCUGUGCAACGUAAGAUCGAUGCCGACUCACGUAGAACUUGUUGUCUGUUGCAGGAAUAUGCUGAUAAGAGAAUUGGCGACCGUUUGGGUCGCCGUCCUCUUGUGCCAUCUUCAGCUAACGGAGUCUCAGGUUCCUACUACAAAUGUCUUCACCUGUCCAAACGGAUGGGAGCUGCGAGGCAUACACUGUUAUAAAUUCUUCAACAUCAGGCAUUCCUGGGAAAAAGCGGCGGAAUUAUGCAGGAGAUAUGGGAGCGAGCUGAUGGUAGUGGAAUCGUACAGCGAGAACAACAUGUCGGCGAACAUGAUCGGUCGGCAUUUGGAUCGUUACUGGCUGGGUCUUGCCUCGCUCGACGAUUUACGUACCAAUACACUCGAAUCCGCCGCGGGAAUGCUCGUCUCGCAAUACGCUGGUUUCUGGGCGCCUAGGCAGCCGAAUCCGCACUCAGGUGAAUGCGUGGACGUCGCCUUGACGGACGACCGGCAAACGUGGGAACUGACCACGUGCGAGUCGCUUCUUCCUUUCAUGUGUCGCGCCGACGCCUGUCCUUCCGGUUCGUUCCACUGCUCGAACGGCAAGUGCAUUAACGCGGCGUUCAAAUGCGACAAGCAGGACGACUGCGGCGAUUACUCCGACGAAUUGGACUGCCCGGCUAACUGUCAAUACUACAUGGCGAGCAGCGGCGACGUCGUGGAGAGCCCAAAUUACCCGCAUAAAUAUGCGCCCCUCAACAAUUGUAAGUGGACGCUGGAGGGCCCUCAAGGACACAAUAUUCUGUUGCAGUUUCAAGAAUUCGAGACCGAGAAGAGCUUCGACAUAGUGCAAAUCCUCGUGGGCGGCAGAACCGAGGAGAAGUCUGUAAAUCUCGCGACCCUCUCCGGCAAACAGGAUCUCAGCAGCAAACUCUUCGUCUCAGCUUCCAACUUCAUGAUUAUAAAAUUCAGCACCGACUCCUCGGUGGAGAGAAAAGGCUUCCGCGCCUCGUGGAAGACCGAACCGCAGGCUUGCGGCGGAAUUCUCAGAGCGACGCCGCAAGGACAAGUGCUCACGUCCCCGGGAUAUCCACAGAAUUAUCCCGGAGGGUUGGAGUGUCUGUAUAUCCUGCAGGCUCAGCCGGGACGUAUAAUGUCUCUGGAAAUCGAGGACUUGGAUCUCGAAAUGAAUCGGGAUUACAUUCUCGUGAGGGACGGGGAUUCGCCUAUGAGCCGGCCGAUCGCGCGUCUCACCGGGAAAUCGGAAGAUAAUCCGACAGUGAUCAUGUCCACCGGAAGCAAUUUGUACCUGUACCUCAAAACAAGCCUCGGCGAUUCCAGGCGCGGUUUCAGCAUUCGCUUCACGCAGGGCUGCAAAGCCACGAUUAUCGCAAAAAACGGAACGGUCCAGUCGCCGUCCUACGGUCUCAACGAUUAUCCCAAUAAUCAGGAAUGUCUGUAUAGAAUAAAAAAUCCGGACCGAGGGCCGCUGUCUCUGAAAUUCGUCAAUUUCAACGUUCACAAAACUGACUACGUGCAGAUAUACGACGGUUCCAAUACGAAUGGUCUGCGCUUGCAUCCCGGAAGUGGUUUCACCUCUAAUACUCGACCUAAGAUCACGCUCACCGCGGAAAGCGGAGAAAUGCUCGUUAGGUUUGUCUCUGAUGCUCUGCACAGCAACGCGGGCUGGCAGGCUGAGUUUUCUGCCGACUGUCCCCCGUUGCAACCCGGCGAGGGAGCAUUGGCAUCGAGUAGGGACACUGCUUUCGGUACAAUAGUUACAUUUUCCUGCCCGUUGGGACAAGAGUUCGCCACAGGCAAAUCAAGGAUUUCCACGGAAUGUCUUCCCGGAGGCAACUGGUCUGUUACAUAUAUUCCUAAAUGCCAAGAGGUGUAUUGCGGCCCUGUACCUCAAAUCGAUAACGGAUUUUCGAUUGGCUCUUCAAACGUUACUUAUCGAGGACUGGCAACCUAUCAAUGUUACGCGGGAUUCGCAUUUCCUUCUGGAAGACCAACGGAAAAGAUUUCUUGUUUAGCUGACGGAAGAUGGGAAAAGAAGCCAUCCUGCUUAGCAUCUCAGUGCGCUCCGCUACCAGAGGCACCUCACUCCAACAUAACUAUUUUGAACGGAGGUGGUCGAAGUUACGGCACGAUUGUCAGGUUUGAGUGUGAACCUGGCUACGUUAGAAGCGGACAUCCCGUCAUUCUUUGUAUGAGCAAUGGUACCUGGUCCGAUGAAGUACCAACGUGUUCACGUGCUAAAUGUCCGCUGCUACCUACAAUAAAAAAUGGAUUUGUCGUUGAUAUCGGCAAAGAUUAUUACUUCGGUGAUGAAGUUAGAGUGCAAUGCAACAGAGGCUACAAACUAACUGGGCCAAAUAUCAUACAAUGCGGUCCUUACCAACGAUUUGAUAAUGUGCCGACUUGCGAAGAUAUAAAUGAAUGCACAACGAGCCAAUGCGAUCUGGCAUCCACUGAGUGCACAAACAAUCCCGGUGCGUUUACCUGCAAGUGCAAGCCAGGCUUUGCACCGACUAUGGACUGUCGACCUGUCGGCGAUCUUGGUCUUAUCAACGGCGGCAUUCCUGACGAGUCGAUUACAGUUUCAAGCUCAGAAAUUGGAUACACAAAAACUGGUAUUCGUUUGAACAACGGCGACGGAUGGUGUGGCAACAGCCUCGAGCCGGGCACGAACUGGGUGACAAUCGACAUGAAAGCACCGACGAUCAUUCGCGGUUUCCGCACGCAAGUCGUAACCAGAAUCAACGGGAACAUCGCGUACGCGUCAGCCGUGCGGAUUCAGUACACGAACGACUUGACAGAUGUUUUCAGAGAUUACAAAAAUCCAGAUGGUACACCAGUGGAGUUCAGAGUAUUGGAACCAGGACUCUCUAUCCUCAAUCUACCGAUGCCAAUCGAGACGCGCUACGUGAGAUUCAGGAUACAAGAUUUCUUCAGUGCGCCGUGUAUGAAACUGGAGAUAACGGGUUGUACCAGGUUGGAGUGCGCGGACAUUAAUGAAUGCGCUAUAAGGAACGGUGGCUGCCACCAAAAGUGCAUUAACAAUCCCGGCAGCUAUUCCUGCAUGUGCAACACAGGCUUUGAGCUGUACAAAGGCAACGGCACGGCUGGAUUCAAUCUAUUGAAAUCUGAAACUGGCGAAAGGGAUGGCGAUAUAUAUCAGAGAAAUAAAACGUGCGUGCCAGUGAUGUGUCCGUCGUUAACAGCACCGGAGAAUGGAAAAUUAUUGUCAACCAAGGAGCAACAUCACUUUGGCGACGUUGUCAGAUUCCAGUGUAAUUUUGGUUACGUAUUAGCUGGAUCAUCGGCUGUAAUUUGCACCUCUUCCGGAAUUUGGAACGGAACCAUUCCCGAAUGUCAAUACGCCAAAUGUGUAUCGCUGCCGGACGAUAAAAACGAAGGUCUUGCCGUAAUCCGAAAUGAUGAGACUAGUGUCCUGGUACCCUUCAAACACAACGUUACUAUGAAGUGCGGCAGCAAUGGUCGCUACUUGCGCAACACCGCAACAGCCGAUUUCCGACAGUGCGUGUAUGAUCCUAAGCCUGGCUUCCCCGAUUACUGGCUGUCUGGUUUGCAGCCUGCUUGCCCUCGCGUGGAUUGCGGCAAGCCGCUUCCCACGCCUGGCGCUGAAUAUGGCAAGUACCUGGACACCAAGUACCAAUCCUCUUUCUUCUUCGGCUGUCAAGACACCUUCAAAUUAGCUGGUCAGACCAACCGCAAUGACAACGUUGUGCGUUGUCAAGCAAACGGUGUUUGGGACUUUGGCAAUUUGCGAUGUGAAGGUCCGGUCUGUGAGGAUCCUGGUAGGCCGAGUGACGGUUAUCAAGUAGCACGUAGUUACGAGCAGAGUUCAGAAGUGCACUUUGGUUGUAACAGACCUGGUUACAUUCUCAUUAAUCCACGACCGAUUACCUGCAUUCGCGAACCUGAAUGCAAGGUUAUCAGACCUCUCGGUCUAGCUUCCGGACGUAUUCCGGACUCAGCGAUAAACGCCACCUCUGAAAGACCGAACUAUGAGGCCAGGAACAUCCGACUGAACUCGGUGACCGGCUGGUGCGGCAAGCAGGAAGCCUUUACUUAUGUCAGCGUCGAUCUCGGUCGCGUCUAUCGAGUGAAGGCAAUUCUCGUGAAGGGCGUGAUCACCAACGACAUCGUUGGCAGACCUACGGAGAUCCGUUUCUUCUACAAACAGGCGGAGAACGAGAAUUAUGUUGUUUAUUUCCCGAAUUUCAAUCUGACAAUGCGCGACCCCGGAAAUUAUGGUGAACUGGCGAUGAUCACCUUGCCCAAAUACGUACAGGCUCGUUUCGUGAUCCUCGGUAUCGUCAGCUACAUGGACAAUGCCUGUCUGAAGUUCGAGCUUAUGGGAUGCGAAGAGUCGGGGCCCGAACCGUUGUUAGGUUAUGACAACGGAUUCUCACCCUGCGUGGACAACGAAGCACCGGUCUUCCAAAACUGUCCGCAACAGCCGAUAGUCGUGCAGAAGGGGCCCAACGGGGAAUUGUUGCCGGUGAACUUUACAGUGCCAACCGCUGUCGACAACAGCGGCAGUAUCGCUCGAGUAGAAGUAAAGCCUCAGAGCUUCAAAACCCCCAUUCGAAUCUUCGAAGACACGUUCGUGAAAUACAUAGCUUUCGAUUAUGAUGGCAACGUAGCUAUUUGCGAAAUCAACAUUACAGUUCCGGAUAUAACUCCACCGAAACUGAGCUGUCCCCAGAGCUAUGUUAUCGAACUGGUCGAUCGACAAGAGAGUUAUUCCAUCAAUUUCAAUGAGACACGAAAACGCAUCAACGCCACAGACGCGUCCGGCCCAGUAAAGAUCACUUUCGUGCCAGAACGCGCAAUGAUACAAAUCGGUGACUUUGAAAACGUCACGGUAUACGCAACGGAUUCCAGUGGUAAUAGGGCAACCUGCCACUUCCAAGUUUCUGUCCAGGCGACACCCUGCGUCGAUUGGGAAUUAAAACCGCCGGCUAACGGUGGUCUAAAGUGCGUUCCCGGAGACAAGGGGCUACAAUGCAUAGCAACCUGCAAAUCGGGAUACAGAUUCACCGACGGUGCACCCGUAAAAACGUUUGGAUGUGACGUCAACAAACGAUGGGUACCCUCAUCAGUGGUACCCGACUGUGUUUCCGAAAACACGCAACAGGCCGAUUAUCAUGUAAUUGCCUCGGUAACUUAUCGUGCGAAUGGCGCCGUUUCUCGAUCCUGCCUGCCGAUGUAUCAGGAUCUCAUGGCUCAGCAUUACACAGUUCUCAACAAUAUUUUGACUCAACGUUGUUCUGCUAUUAAUGUGAAUAUGAACGUAUCUUUUGUCAGAUCGAUGCCUUUCCUGAUCGAAGAAAAUGUUGUCAAGAUGGACUUCAUUUUGGUAAUUGUUCCGGCACAACGUCAACCGCAAUUGUACGAUUUUUGUGGUUCUACAUUGAAUCUGAUCUUUGAUUUGUCGGUUCCUUAUGCGAGCGCAGUUAUCGAGCCUCUGUUGAACGUUUCUGCGAUCGGCAAUCAAUGUCCGCCUCUCCGUGCUCUCAAGUCAUCCAUUAACAGGGGCUUCACGUGCAGCAUUGGUGAAGUAUUGAACAUGGAUACCAACGAUGUUCCUCGUUGUCUGCAUUGUCCUGCCGGAACCUUCGCCGGAGAGAAGCAGAAGCAAUGCACAGCCUGUCCGAAGGGCUUCUAUCAGAACAGCGAUCGUCAAGGUUCCUGCUUGCGCUGUCCGUUCGGCACGUAUACAAAAGAGGAAGGUUCAAAGAGCAUAGAUGAUUGCGUACCAGUUUGCGGUUACGGCACAUAUUCGCCCACCGGUCUUGUACCCUGCCUCGAGUGUCCGAGAAACAGCUAUACUGGCGAGCCGCCGAUUGGAGGCUAUAAAGAUUGCCAGACCUGUCCAGCUGGAACAUUCACUUACCAACCGGCCGCGCCCGGUCGCGAUCGUUGCCGCGCCAAGUGUUCACCGGGCAUGUACUCGGAUACGGGACUCGCUCCUUGCGCUCAGUGCCCCAAGAAUUUCUUCCAGCCUCAGCACGGCGCGACCACGUGCGUCGAAUGUCCCACAAACAUGUACACAGACGGACCGGGGUCGGUUGGUCGCGAGGAGUGCAAGCCUGUCCAGUGCACCGACAGCAUGUGUCAGCACGGCGGUCUAUGCGUGCCAUUGGGACACGGUAUACACUGUUACUGUCCGGCCGGCUUCUCAGGAAGACGCUGCGAGAUCGACAUCGACGAGUGUGCGUCCCAGCCGUGCUACAACGGUGCUACUUGCAUAGAUCUGCCGCAAGGCUACAGAUGUCAGUGUGCCAACGGCUAUUCCGGCAUCAAUUGCCAAGAGGAGAAAUCGGAUUGUACAAACGACACGUGCCCGGAAAGAGCCAUGUGCAAAGACGAGCCUGGAUUUAACAAUUACACGUGUCUCUGUCGAUCCGGAUACACCGGAGUCGAUUGCGACAUCACUAUAAAUCCUUGCACGGCCAGCGGAAAUCCUUGCAAUAACGGCGCGACUUGCGUAGCUCUUCAGCAAGGCCGCUACAAAUGCGACUGUCUGCCAGGAUGGGAAGGUCAGAGCUGUGAGAUCAAUACCAACGAUUGCGCUGAACGCCCUUGUCUACUUGGCGCCAACUGUACCGAUCUGAUCGCCGAUUUCUCAUGCGACUGUCCGCCUGGAUUCACCGGCAAACGCUGUCAUGAGAAAAUUGAUCUCUGCUCGGGCAAUCCUUGCCUAAACGGAAUUUGCGUGGACAAGCUCUUCAGCCACGAAUGCAUCUGCCAUCCGGGAUGGACCGGGGCGGCUUGCGAGACGAACAUCAAUGAAUGCGGGUCCAGACCGUGUAGAAACAACGGCCAAUGCAUCGACCAGGUCGCCGAUUAUACCUGUACCUGCGAGCCCGGUUACACGGGCAAGCAAUGCCAGCAUACGAUCGACGACUGCGCGUCAGAUCCUUGUCAGAACGGAGCCACGUGCAUAGACCAGCUGCAGGGCUUUGUCUGCAAGUGCAGACCCGGCUUCGUCGGGCUGCAGUGCGAGGCGGAAAUCGACGAAUGUCAGAGCGAUCCUUGCAAUCCGAUCGGCACCGAUCGCUGCGUAGAUCUCGACAACACUUUCGUCUGCCAUUGCCGUGAAGGCUACACCGGGCCGUCUUGCGAGAUCGACAUAGACGACUGCGCAUCCGAUCCGUGCCUGAACGGCGCGACGUGUAGAGACGAGGUCGGUGGCUUCAAGUGCGUAUGCCUGGAGGGAUGGAGCGGAGUGUACUGCCAAAUAGAUGUUGGCAUGUGCCAAAAUCGACCUUGCCAGAACGAUGCCACCUGCGUAGAUCUAUUUAUGGACUACUUCUGCGUUUGUCCAUCUGGAACCGACGGCAAACAAUGUGAAACGGCGCCGGAACGCUGUAUCGGAAACCCCUGCAUGCACAACGGCCGCUGUCAAGAUUUCGGUUCUGGUUUAAAUUGUACUUGCCCUAGCGAUUACACCGGCAUCGGUUGUCAAUACGAGUAUGACGCUUGUCAAGCGGGCGCUUGCAAAAAUGGCGCCACUUGCAUCGAUGAGGGUCCCGGAUUCACUUGCAUAUGCCCUCCAGGAUAUACCGGUCAAACUUGCGAAGAAGACAUAAUAGAUUGCAAAGAAAAUUCUUGCCCACCAUCUGCGACUUGUAUUGAUCUCACAGGCAAAUUCUUCUGCCAAUGUCCAUUCAAUUUGACUGGCGACGAUUGCAGGAAAUCUAUCCAAGUGGACUACGACUUGUACUUUAGCGAUCCAGGACGUAGCAGCGCUUCUCAAGUCAUUCCAUUCUUCACGGGCUCCACAAAGAGCCUAACUGUCGCUAUGUGGGUGCAGUUUACGCAGAGAGACGAAGCUGGAAUUUUCUUCACUCUUUAUGGCGUCAGUUCGCCGCAUGUUCCAACGAACCGAAGACUUAUGAUCCAAGCACACAGUAAUGGUGUCCAGGUAUCUCUCUUCCACGAUCUGCAAGACGUCUAUUUGCCAUUCAGAGAAUACGCGACGAUAAAUGACGGACAAUGGCAUCACGUCGCUGUUGUAUGGAACGGUGAGAAUGGCGGAGAGCUCAUUUUAAUCACAGAAGGCCUUAUUGCUAGCAAGACUGAAGGCUACGGCAGCGGCAGAUCGCUUCCAGCAUACGCAUGGACAGUGUUAGGAAAACCGCAGAGCGAAAAUACGAAAGGUUACACGGAGUCGGGUUUCCAAGGUCAUCUAACCAAGGUGCAAGUCUGGGCCCGCGCGUUGCACGUGACAAACGAGAUUCAGAAGCAAGUUCGUGACUGCCGUACAGAACCGGUUCUCUACCAGGGUCUGGUGCUGACGUGGGCGGGCUACGAUGAAACCGUGGGUGGUGUCGAGAGAGUCGUGCCAUCACAUUGUGGACAGCGAGUGUGUCCGCUCGGUUACGGUGGCAGCAAAUGCCAGCAACUCGAAGCCGAUAAGAUUCCACCUAGAGUGGAGCACUGCCCGGGUGAUCUUUGGGUGAUUACGAAGAAUGGAUCGUCGAUCGUCACUUGGGACGAGCCGCAUUUCAGCGACAACGUGGGCAUCGUUAGACUCCAAGAGAAGAAUGGACAUCGAUCUGGACAGACUUUGAUGUGGGGCACCUAUGAUAUCAGCUACGUGGCUUACGAUCAGGCUGGAAACUCGGCUACCUGCAACUUCAAAGUUUACGUAUUAGCCGACUUUUGUCCAACACUGGAGGAUCCUGUCGGUGGCGCGCAACAAUGCAAAGAUUGGGGUUCGGGAGGCCAAUUCAAGGUCUGCGAAAUUUCCUGCAAUACCGGACUUCGGUUCUCACAGGAGGUCCCUAAAUUCUACACUUGCGGUGCAGAAGGCUUCUGGAGACCCACCAGUGAUCCUAGUCUACCUCUAAUAUACCCAGCUUGUACGAGCGCUACGUCAGCUCAAAGAGUCUUCAGAAUUAAAAUGAACUUCCCCACAUCGGUGCUCUGCAACGAAGCCGGUCAAGGUGUACUUAAACAGAAGGUUCGAAAUGCCGUGAACUCUUUGAACAGAGACUGGAAUUUCUGUUCGUAUUCUUACGAAGGAACUCGCGAAUGCAAGGAUCUUGAUAUCGAUGUAAAUUGCGAUCAUCGCAUACGCACAACCAGGGAAACAAGUGAGGAGGACGGUGGAACAUACGUCGUUUCUGCUGCCGUACCCGCAGAACCAACGAGAAAGGGUCGCCAAGGCAGUGACACCUACGAGGUGGAGAUCUCGUUCCCGGCGAUAAACGAUCCGAUUCUGAACGCUAAUUCGAACGAGCGGUCUACCGUACAAACGUUACUCGAAAGACUGAUCCUUGAAGAAGACCAAUUCGACGUUCACGACAUUCUGCCGAAUACCGUGCCAGAUCCUGCAUCUCUUGUCCUGGAAUCCGAUUACGCCUGUCCUAUUGGUCAAGUUGUUAUGGCACCUGAUUGUGUACCGUGUGCGGUGGGCACUUUCUACGACGAAGAGACGAAACAAUGCGUGUCCUGUCCCGUGGGUACUUACCAGAGCGAGUCCGGGCAAUUAAAAUGCAGGUCUUGCCCGAUAAUCGCCGGCCGUCCCAGCGUAACGAUAGGUCCUGGAGCGCGUACCGCGGCGAAUUGCAAGGAACGUUGUCCUGCCGGCAAGUAUUACGACGACGUGGCCGGUCUCUGCCGUAACUGCGGCCACGGAUUCUACCAGCCGAAUGAGGGCAGCUUCUCCUGCCAGCUGUGUGGCCUCGGAAAGACUACGAGAACGGCCGAAGCGGUCUCGCGGGAGGAAUGCCGGGACGAGUGCGGAUCCGGACAACAAUUGGCCGUCGAAGGAAAAUGCGAACCUUGCCCGCGCGGCACGUAUCGAACCCAAGGGGUACAAGCGUCCUGUCAGCCCUGUCCGCUCGGCAGAACCACCCCGAACAUGGGCUCGGCCGCGAUCGAGGAAUGUUCACUUCCGGUCUGUACUCCCGGAACUUUCCUCAACGGCACCCUCAACGAGUGCAUAGAGUGUAAGAAGGGAACUUACCAAUCGGAGCCGCAGCAAACGUUCUGCAUCCCGUGCCCGCCGAACACCAGCACCAAAGGAUCUGCUUCUACAAACAAAGCAGAAUGCACAAACCCUUGCGAGACCAGCGGCGAGGAAAUGCAUUGCGACGCAAACGCGUACUGUCUGCUUAUACCCGAGACGAGUGACUUCAAAUGUGAAUGCAAACCCGGGUACAACGGCACCGGAACCGUAUGCACGGACGUGUGUCUGGGCUACUGCGACAACGAGGGCGUCUGCCUGAAGGAUUCGCGCGGACAACCCUCGUGCAGGUGCAGCGGCAGCUUCACGGGCAAACACUGCACGGAAAAGUCCGAGUUCUUCUACAUCACCGGCGGCAUAGCGGGUGGUGUUAUCUUGAUAAUUAUUGUGGUGCUGCUCGUCUGGAUGAUUUGCGUCAGAGCCUCUAGAAAAAAGGAGCCGAAGAAGAUGCUCACUCCGGCGACCGACCAAAAUGGCUCCCAAGUAAAUUUCUAUUAUGGUGCGCCAACACCGUACGCCGAGUCAAUAGCGCCGUCACAUCACAGCACGUAUGCUCAUUAUUACGACGACGAGGAGGACGGCUGGGAGAUGCCCAAUUUCUAUAACGAAACUUAUAUGAAAGAGAGUCUGCACAACGGAGGCAAGAUGAACAGUCUUGCUCGAUCGAACGCCAGUAUUUACGGCACGAAAGACGAUCUUUACGACAGACUGAAGCGUCACGCGUAUACUGGUAAAAAAGAUAAGAGCGACAGCGACAGCGAAGGCCAGUGACCGGGUAGAACAAUGACUUUCACGCCAACGUAGAAUACAAAAAAAAAAGCGGGAGAUAUCAGUGUAAUCAGACGGGACGACGACGGUAUCUCAUCCUUCGAGCGAUGUCGUCGUCGUUGCUCCUCGACCGAUCGACGGAUCUUGUUAUUUAUUACAUUACCAUUCUGUACGGCCGGCGUCGCGCGCGAGAUCCAGCGAUCGUUCCGAUCGCACGACCGGAUGUGGGAAAGAGGGAAAACCGGGAGAGACGCCCGACCGAUCGGAAUCGCGAGAUCUCGCGUCGCGCCGACGCAAGAGAUGCACUUCGUCGAUCGACAGCUGGCGAGUGAUAAUGCAAGAGUCCUGGAACGACGAUCGGCAGAUCGAUGUGAUGCCCACCGAUCGUCGCUUCGGCACGCGUCGGCAGCGGAUUCGAGGCGCGCUGGAGAAAAAGAGCCGCAAAAAGAGAAAAAGAGAAAGAAAUAGAGAGCCCGUCCGCCCGGUCCUUCGAAGUGAAAUUCGAUGCGUGUUCAAUUAUAUUAAAGAGACUUGUGCG